GCGGGGUGCGGACCGGGGAUCGUUUUCCCCAAUUUUUUCACUUUGUUAGGGAUUGGGGUUGGGUUAACUUGGUUUGGAGGGGCAAUAUUAGUGGGGCUGUGCGGGGCACAAAACCUGAUAGGGGUUGAGAAAGCCUCGUUCCUUCUUCCACUUCCCCUUUAUCUGUUCCUGGAAAGAAAGUGAGCGCAGAUACCGGUGGUGUAAUACUGUAUCUCUUGGCGUUGUGUGGGGAUCUCAUCUGGUUUCCGCAAAAACAACCCUGCUCGGCAUCAUCGCUGUUCAUCGGUGGUGUUCUAUUAUGGCUGAUACGGCAUUUCAAGCUAGGUCUUUGUACCGCAAUCUUCUCCGCUUCUCCGAUCGUUUUUCCUCAUACAACUUCCGUGAGUACGCGAGGCGAAGGACUAGGGAUGUCUUCCGGGAACACAAGAACGUUGAGGAUCCGAGGAAAAUCCAGGAGCUUAUGCAGAAGGGAUUGAAGGAGCUUCAGGUGUUAAAGAGACAGACCAUGAUUAGCCAGUUCUUCCAGAUGGAUAGAUUGGUCGUCGAGGGCGGUGCUUUGAAGGGUAGAAGGGGAGGCAUUAAGAAAGGAAAAAUGCCAGCACGCAUCUCCUUUUACCGGCCAAACGGCCAAUCCCGCCGCCAAGCACGCUCCGCACACGACCACGACGUCUUUGAGGGGCUGCCAGUCCGCCGGUGGUCCCGACAAUGGGUUCACGUCGGUAAAUCUGCACCCCUGCCCCCUCCCGAACCAGAGCUCCCCCUACCAAAAGAAACCCACCUCCUUCCGCCCAUGUCACAGGCACUCCUCCAAGCUGCGAGAUCGAGUUCGCAGGGCAAACCCGCCGCCAAACCAGCCCACAUCCCGGGACAACAACUCUUCCAGACAAAACGCUGGAUGCAGACCCCGCGUCACUUGGAACCCCCUGAGCCCGUGUACCUUGCCAAGCCGCUCGGUGGGAAGCGCAAGAGGACGGAAGUCGAGCCCCCACCACCACCCGUUGUCGCGCCCGUUAGACGUCGUGUCCCGCCCCCGAAGAGGAAGGCGAAACCUCGGGGUAGAAGGCCAGGUUAUCGGAAGACCGUGACCUUUGCUGCUGAGGGAAAUACCGAAGGCGCUCCCGAAACUGGGGCGAUCACAAUUGACCCCGCGCCGGUUGUAGAAGCGCCACCGGUCCCUCCAGUUACUACCGUUGAAGUCCAGGAAGUUGUUCAGAUCGCAGCGCCGACGGCGCUGGCUCUGGAGAAAAAGAAGGGACCCAAGGGAAAGAAAAAGGGACUAGGCAAGAAAAAGGACGCUUCCGGGAAGAAGCUGAAAAAGCCGAAGGGUAUCGUCGGCAUAAGCACUCCUGGGAAGGGAAAAAAAAAGGUUAAAGUUGUGGCAACACCUACAGCCUCAGCUCCAGUAACCGCGACCACCAACGAUGGUGAUGGUGAUACCUCCAUGGGUGGUACCGAGGCUCCCGCAAUCGAACAUGUCACCCCUGCCAAUGCGAUUCUGAACGACCAGAACUCGACUCCCAAAUUUUGA